AUCCAUCGAUCUACCGAUCCAACGGUCUACAGAUCCAGCGAUCUACCGAUCCAGCGAUAUAUAGAUCCAGCGAUCUACAGAUGCAGCGAUCUACAGAUCCAGCUAUCUACCGAUCCAGCCAUCUAUAGAUUCAGCGAUCUACAGAUCCAUCGAUCUACAGAUCCAGUGAUCUACCGAACCGGCGAUCUACAGUUCCAUCGAUCUACAGAUCCAGCAAUCUAUAGAUCCAGCGAUCUACAGAUCCAGGGAUCUACAGAUCCUGCGAUCUACGGAUCCAGCGAUCUACAGAUCCUGCGAUCUACCUAUCCAGCGAUCUAUAGUUCAAGCAAUGUACAGAUCCAUCGAUCUACCGAUCCAGUGAUCUACAGAUCCAUCGAUCUACAGAUCCAACGAUCUUUAGAUCCAUCGAUCUACCGAUCCAGUUAUCUAAAUAUCCAGCGAUCUACCCGUCCAGCGAUCUUUAGAUCCAGCGAUCUACAGAUUUAGCGAUCUACAGAUGCAGCGAUCUAUGUAUCCAACGAUCUAUAGAUCCAGCGAUCUACCGAUCCAGCGAUCUAUAGCUUGAUCAAUGUACCGAUCCAUCGAUCUACAGAUCCAGCGAUCUACAGAUCGAGCGAUCUACCGAUCCAGCAAUCUAUAGAUCCAGCGAUCUACAAAUCCAGCGAUCUACAGAUCGAUCGAUCUACCGAUCCAGCAAUCUAUAGAUCCAGCGAUCUACAAAUCCAGCGAUCUACAAAUCCAGCGAUCUACCGAUCCAGCGAUCUAUAGAUCCAGCGAUCUACAGAUCCAGCGAAGUACAGAUCCAGCGAUUUACCGAUCCAGCGAUAUAUAGAUACAUCAAUCUAAAGAUCCAGCGAUGUAACGAUCGAGCGGUCUACAGAUCCAGCAAUCUACUGAUCCAGCGAUCUAGAGAUCCGUCGAUCUACAGAUGCAGCGAUCUACCGAUCCACCAAUCUAUAGAUCCAGCGAUCUACAGAUCCAGCGAUUUACCGAUCAAGCAAUCUACAGAUCCAUUGAUCUACCAAUCCAGAGCUCUACAGCUUCAUUGAUCUACCGAUCCAGCAAUCUAUAGAUCCAUGGAUCUAGCGAUCCAGCGAUCUACAGAUCCAUCGACCUAAAGAUCCAGCGAUCUAUACAUCCAUUGCUCUACCGUCCAGGAAUCUACAGAUCCAUCGAUCUACCGAUCCAGCGAUCUAUAGAUCCAUCGAUCUACCGAUCCAACGGUCUACAGAUCCAGCGAUCUACCGAUCCAGCGAUCUAUAGAUCCAGCUAUCUACAGAUCCAGCGAUCUACCGAUCCAGCCAUCUAUAGAUUUAGCGAUCUACAGAUCCAUCGAUCUACAGAUCCAGUGAUCUACCGAACCAGCGAUCUAUAGUUGCAUCUAUCUACAGAUCCAUCAAUCUAUAGAUCCAGCGAUCUACAGAUCCAGCAAUAUACAGAUCCUGCGAUCUAGAUAUCAAUCGAUCUACCGAUCCAGUGAUCUACAGAUCCAUCGAUCUACAGUUCCAAAGAUCUAUAGAUCCAUCCAUCUACCGAUCCAGCGAAGUACCCAUCCAGCGAUCUUUAGAUCCAGCAGUAUACAGAUUUAGCGAUGUACAGAUCCAGCGAUCUACCGAUCCAACGAUCUAUAGAUCCAGCAAUCUACCGAUCCAGCGAUCUAUAGCUGGAUCGAUCUACCGAUCCAGCGUUCUACAGAUCCAUCGAUCUACAGAUCCAGCGAUCUACCGAUCCAGCGAUCUCCAGAUCCAGCGAUCUACAGAUCCAGCGAUCUCUAGAUCCAGCGAUCUACAAAUCCAGCGAUCUACAGAUCCAGCGCUCUACAGAUCAGCCGAUCUA